AUGCGUGUCACCGUGUCCAAAGCAUUCAUCCUGAGCCUGUUGGCCUCGAACGCCCUUGCUUUCCAACCUGAGACCGAGAGCAAUGAGCUUGAGAAGAAAUACGUCGGCUCUGUCUCUACUUUAGCCAGCAGAUGGGCCCAGCUUACUGCUCCCCUCGAAGCUCGUCACCACACCGAAGCCCAGAUUGCAGCCAAAAAGGCAGCAAAAGCCAAAGGUUCCAAGCACGUCGGACGCGCUGUCCAGGCCGCUGACGCUGAGCCUGAGGUUAAAGAAAAUGCCGUUGAGGACAAGGCCAAGGGCAAGAAGAAGGGCAAGAAAGGAAAAAAGGGAAAGAAAGGAGCCAAGAAGGUAGCCGAAGUCUCCAAACGAGAGGCAGCCGAAGAAGACGAGGAGCUUGACCUUGAGGCUCGAGCCACUGAGCCUGAACCCGAAGUUCAGCCAAAUGUUGUCGAAGACAAGGCCAAGAAGGGAAAGAAGAAGGGAAAGAAGGGCAAAAAGGGAAAGAAAGGAGCCAAGAAAGCAGCUGAAGUUACCAAACGCGAGACUGCCGAGGAUGCCGAAGAGCUCGACGCUUCAACCGAAGAUGCUGCAGAGCUUGACGCCAGAUCCGCCGAACCUGAGCCUGAAGUCGAGGAAAACGUCCUUGAAGACAGGGCCAAGAAGGGAAAGAAGAAGGGAAAGAAGGGAAAGAAGGGCAAGAAGGGAGCCAAGAAGGCAGCUGAAGUGACAAGACGAAACGCAGCUGAGGACGAGGAACUUGACUCUACUGAAGAAGCUGGAGAACUUGAAGCUCGCUCACCCGAAGCUGAACCCGAAGUCAACGAAAACGUUGAGGACAAGGCCAAGAAAGGAAAGAAGAAGGGUAAGAAGGGCAAAAAGGGAAAGAAAGGAGCCAAGAAAGUAGCCGAAGCUACCAAGCGAGACGAUGCAGCCGAAGAAAAUGGCGAAGUUGACUCUCCUGAAGCAGACGAUGAGGCCGAAGUCACCAAGCGCGAGGCUUCUCCUGAAGCUGAAGAGCUCGAUCUUCAAGAGGCUGACGAAGCCGGAGAACUUGACGCCCGAUCUGCUGAGGCUGAGCCUGAAGUCGAAGAAAAUGUUCUUGAGGAUAGGGCCAAGAAAGGAAAGAAGAAGGGCAAGAAAGGCAAGAAGGGUAAGAAGGGAGCCAAGAAAGUUGCCGAGACUGCUUGA